AAAAUCACUGACAUUGAAAAUAAUUGGACGUUCACUUUACGAAGGACAUACCAUAUAAAGAAACAACAUAGUGUUUUGGAAACACUAUAAAAGGAUUUUACAAACGUUAAGAAGCAAAAGUUGAACACAUUUGAACAUACAAGCCGAGUCAUCCUUAUAAUGAUUCAAAGGUGCCUGAAGUUAGAAACGGGAUAGUCGUACAUUUAACGUUUUUUACAAUAAGUGGGGAUAAAGAGAUUAUCCUUCUAGAAAGAGGAAAAACCAAACCAUUGAGUUUUUCUUACGCGCUGCUUUCGAAAAGUUUCUUUUUAACUGUCACAAAAAAAAAAGCAACGGCGACAUAAUUACCAUCGAUCUAUCUGUUUUACGUAGAACAAAGACAUCAUGUUUCUUUAUUCGCGGUUUCAAUUCCUGUUAUAGGAGUAUUCUUGUGUGUGGCUUGUGCGGUAGUGCUUAUAAAAAAGUGUGUCGACCUUACUUUAGUAUCAUUCGAGAUAAGCGUCGCGAGGCGGCGCUUUCUGACGUAUCGGUAUUGACAUCGUCACGAUCGAGAGAAAGAGAGAUCUCCGGUAACAUAACAUUUGACAUUGUGCAACGAAAAUACAAACAAUAGAAGAUCUAAGAAUUCGGGUUCAAUCACUUUGAAAAAUUUUAUUUAGUGCUCGAGAAGAAAUUAAACAAAUUUGACACACGCCUCGGUGUCUAGGUGUGAAAGGCCAUUUAUUGAUUAUUAUAAUUCAAGGUUGUGACAAGAUAAAAUUGAAAGUCAUGUAUAACAAUUACGGAAAAAGUUCUUUCAAUUACGGAUGGAAAGCAGAAGUAAUGGAACCAGAGUUAAUACGACAACAAGUGAAAGAAAAUGAACUCGGAGAAAAAGGUUCAGGUAUCAGAGCACGGGGUGAGAUUCAAGAUUUUAAUGCGUUAAGAUUGGAAUGUCUUCAAACCGGACGACUCUUUGAGGAUCCAGAAUUUCUAGCGGCCGAUUCAUCUCUGUACUUUUCUAAAAGGCCGGAUAGGUACAUAGAAUGGAGGAGACCGAUGGAAAUCGCGGACGACCCACAACUUUUCGUCGAAGGAUUUUCAAGAUUCGACGUUCAACAAGGCGAAUUAGGCGAUUGUUGGUUACUCGCAGCAGUUGCAAAUCUCACGAUGGAUUCGAAUUUGUUCUUCCAAGUUGUACCGGAAGAUCAAAGCUUUCAAGAAAAUUACGCUGGAAUUUUUCACUUCAGAUUUUGGCAAUAUGGUAGAUGGGUGGAUGUUGUCAUCGAUGAUCGUCUACCUACCUAUAACGGUGAAUUGAUAUAUAUGCAUUCCGCCGAAAGCAACGAAUUUUGGAGUGCUCUUUUGGAGAAAGCUUAUGCUAAACUUCAUGGAUCCUACGAAGCUUUGAAAGGAGGUACAACGUGCGAAGCGAUGGAAGAUUUUACAGGUGGUGUUACCGAGAUGUAUCAGAUGGAGGAAGCUCCACCGAAUUUAUUCAGUGUUCUUUUAAAGGCAUUCGAAAGAAAUUCGCUUAUGGGUUGUUCCAUCGAGCCUGAUCCAAACGUAUUGGAAGCGGAAACGCCUCAAGGACUGAUCAGAGGUCAUGCCUACAGUAUUACUCGUGUCAAGUAUGUAGAAAUUCAGACGCCAAAUCAAUAUGGUAGAAUACCAUUGCUCAGAUUACGAAAUCCAUGGGGUAAUGAAGCAGAAUGGAAUGGUCCUUGGAGCGAUAAGUCACCAGAAUGGAGAUUUAUUCCUGAUCAUGAGAAAGAAGAAUUAGGAUUAACUUUCGACAUAGAUGGCGAAUUUUGGAUGUCUUUUCAAGAUUUUACACAAUACUUUACGCAACUUGAGAUUUGUAACUUAAAUCCAGAUUCUUUGACAGAAGGUGAUAUCAAUGCUGGGAAGAAACGAUGGGAAAUGAGCGUUUUUGAAGGAGAGUGGGUACGUGGAGUUACAGCCGGUGGUUGCAGAAAUUAUUUAGAAACGUUUUGCCACAAUCCUCAAUAUCGAAUAACAUUAGAGUAUCCUGACGAGGAUGAUGAUAAAUGUACGGUUAUAGUUGCAUUGAUGCAAAAGAAUAGACGAGCCCAACGACGGAUGGGUGCAGACUGUCUUACUAUUGGAUUUGCUGUAUACUAUUUGGAACAUCCUGAGAGAUUACCAAAACCAUUGGAUAUGAAUUUCUUCAAAUAUAAUGCAUCCGUAGCACGAUCACCAGCUUUCAUUAAUUUGCGUGAAGUUACAUGCCGAUUCAAAUUGCCACCGGGAGUUUAUUGUAUAGUUCCGAGCACUUUCGAUCCUAACGAAGAAGGUGAAUUUUUACUGAGGAUAUUUUCAGAGAACAAGAAUAAUAUGGAAGAAAAUGAUGAGGAAGUCGGAGUUGGAGAAGUUGAUGAUAGGGUGAUUAAUCCCAAAGGCACUAACACGGAUGCGGAUGAUGAAAAAGUCCGUGAAGAACCUGAACCUGAUCGAAAUAUCGAAAAAGUACGAGAAUUCUUUAGAAAACUCGCUGGUGAUGAUAUGGAAGUGGAUUGGAUGGAACUUAAAGAAAUCUUGGAUUUUGCAAUGAGAAAAGAGUUACCACAGUCGACGCGUCGUAGCGAGGCACAUGAACCUGAAUCAGUGCAAAAAGAUGGUUCUUUUAUCGACACUGUCAUCUCACUGCUGUGCGGCAUUGUUUGUAAUAAUGAACAAUACAAUAAAUCUGUAGAUAUGCAAGAUAGAGGAUUUACUAAGGAUGUAUGUCGGAGUAUGGUAGCUAUGUUAGAUGUAGAUCAUUCUGGAAAGCUUGGAUUUGAAGAAUUCAGAACCUUGUGGAAUGACAUUAGGAAAUGGAGGGCUGUUUUCAAAUUAUAUGAUAAAGAUGAGUCUGGAUAUUUAAAUGCGUUUGAAUUACGACAAGCUUUGAAUAGUGCAGGAUACAGACUCAAUAACCACAUUUUAAAUAUUUUGGUACAUCGCUAUGGAACUAAGGAUGGGAAGAUAAUGUUUGAUGAUUAUAUAAUGUGUGCCGUACGAUUAAAAACAAUGAUCGAUAUGUUCAGAGAGAGAGAUCCUGAUCAAACUAAUUCGGCUACAUUCACAAUGGAAGAAUGGAUAGAGAAAACAUUAUAUUCUUAAAAUAUUGUGCCUUAUUGUAAAUGCAUUUUUUCAGAUAUUACCUUAUAAAGGCAAUGCAGUUUUUCUGAUUGAGAUGCCAAUAUAAAAGCUCAUAUAUUUUCAAAGCCAAAGGAUUAGCAAAAUUCAAAUUUUUACUCGUUGACAGUGCUGCUUUUCUGCAUACCUGAAUUUAUAAUUCUUUAGACACAGGAAUACAUUCUAAUAGAAUUAUAUUAAAUAACUAUAUCGUUAAUGAAUAGAAAAUUUUUUUUAAGAUUUGAAA